ACCUGCGCUGAACAACAAAGGAGCAGGAACGUCAGUGUGAUGGAGGCUGAGCCGGAGGCGCGACGACUCGAUGGAGCACAAGAGAAACUCGUCAUGUUUGUUCGACUGAGCCCGACCGGAGUGGAACCAGCCGGGGAUCGUUGAGGGAACCGGAGGGGGAUGCAGUUAUGAAGCGCGUCCGCACGGAGCAGAUUCAGUACGCCGUGACUCAGUACCUCAAGCGCAGGCAGUAUGUGGAUGUGGCCGACGGCUCCCUGAAAGCCAUCAAACUCUUCCAGACGGCUGAGGAGAUGGCUGCCAGCCUCACCGUCCAGAGCGAGUCGGGGUGCGCCAACGUGGUGUCGGCGGCGCCCUGCCAGUCUGACCCGCAGCAAUACGAGUCGCAGUACGCCAGGCUGCGCUGCUUCCUGUCAGAAGCCGACAUCUUGUGGGCCAAGGAAGUGAGCGCGCUCCUCUACCCGCUCUUCGUCCACCUCCACCUGGACAUGGUGCGCUGCGGCCUCAAGUCGGCGGCGGACGGCUUUUACGCGCGCUUCCACGCCGCCUUCCUGCAGGACGCCGACCAGCGGGCCACCGUGGAGCAGCUGCGCCACGUCCUGGGCGCCGCCGAGGCGGCGGCCAGCCCCCGCCUCGCCGCCUUCCUGGAGCACAAGUACGUGGUGCGCCUCAGCGAGGGCGCCCACGGCUACCUGCUGCGCUACCUGCAGAGCGACGACAACGGCGCCGUCUGCAGGGUCCUCGCCGCGCACCUGCAGCUGGAGGUGAGCGGCUCCAAACGAAGCGACUACCAGCUUUAUGGGGCGGCGUCGGGGACGGCCCCGUCGGCCGGCGCCCCCAACUUCACCUGGGCGAGAGCGGACGGCGGCGAGGCGGCGGCGGCGGGCGAGCAGCAGAAGCAGGCGUCCCUGGAGGCGCUGCGCGACUGCAUCCAGAAAGUGCGCGAGGGCCCGCCCUCGCUCACCACCGUGUGCUUCUACGCCUUCCGCCACACGGAGCAGCUGCUCAACACCGCCGAGGUGUCGCCCGACAGCCGCCUGCUGGCCGCCGGCUUCGACAACUCCGCCGUCAAGCUGUGGAGCCUGCGCGCCCGCAAGCUCAAGGCCAAGCCGCACGUCGGCGACGUGUCGCGGGUGCGCCUGGCCUGCGACGUCCUGGAGGAGGACAUGGACGAGGAGGACGCCUCGGGCAGCGAGGUCAAGACGCUGCGCGGCCACAGCGGGCCCGUGUUCCGGACGGCCUUCCUGACGGACAGCUCGGGCCUGCUGUCCUGCUCGGAGGACGCCAGCGUGCGCUACUGGGACCUGGGCAGCUUCACCAACACGGCGCUGUACCAGGGCCACGCCUACCCGGUGUGGGACGUGGACGUGAGCCCGUGCAGCCUCUACUUUGCCAGCGGCUCGCGGGACCGCAGCGCCCGCCUCUGGACCUUCUCGCGCACGUACCCGCUGCGCGUCUACGCCGGCCACCUGGCCGACGUGGACUGCGUGCGCUUCCACCCCAACUCCAACUACCUGGCCACCGGCUCCAGCGACAAGACGGUGCGGCUGUGGAGCGCCCAGCAGGGGGCCUCGGUGCGCCUCUUCACCGGCCACCGCGGGCCCGUGCUGGCGCUGGCCUUCUCGCCCGACGGCAAGUACUUGGCCUCGGGCGGCGAGGACCAGCGCGUCAAGCUGUGGGACCUGGCCUCGGGGGCGCUCCUCAAGGACCUGCGGGGCCACUCGGACGCCGUCACCGGACUCUCCUUCAGCCCCGACAGCGGCCUGGUGGCGUCCUCGUCCGCCGACAACACCGUGCGAAUGUGGGAUGUGCGCGGCGCGCCCUCGGCGGGUGGCGGCGGCAGUGCCGCCGCCGCCUCCGCGCCUGCCGACGGCGCCUCCGCCGAGCUGGUGGGCUGCUACGCCGGCGACGCCAGCAACGUGCUCAGCGUGCAGUUCAUGGCCUGCAACCUGCUGCUGGUGACGGCCGGCGCGAGGGAGGGAGAAAAGUGAAGCCCGGAGGGGCCCCCCCCUAGCCCCCUCUCGGCUCCCUUCGGGUGAGCACAUCGUCGCCGGCGGGGCUGAGCCCUCGCUUGACGCAUUUGCGGACGCUUGUGCCGACGAGGGGCCAAAUGAUGACUGCGACAUGCCGGCCAAGCGACUUUCCCUUGGCCUUGGCUGUCUGUUCACCGUGCGCCAUCUUGGCUUGGCGGAAUAGCAAAGAAGCAGAUUCCCACGUUCGUCCAUCUCAGGCGGCUGCCAUUUUGCAAGACUUCCGUUUUUUUAUACUGCUGUCAGGCGAUUAAAAAAAAUGUGUGCGAUCAAUUAAUUGGGGUCUGUAAUUAAUUGAUCGAAUGAAUUUCAUUUGAAUCCCAUCCAAGAAGGACUGAGAAAACCUCUAUUUUCAUUUUACAUUUUUGACACUAUUGAGGCAGCUCAACAGAUACAAGAAAAAUGUGCCAUUAGAAAGCAUUUGAUUGCUUUUCGGCAGACUCGGACAGAUUCCGUCCUAGCCGUUUACUUUCUGUUGUGUUUGAGACUCGUUAAAGUCCGACCUGCAACCUUUAGUUUCGACCGCGAAGCAAGGGGAAUAUCAGCGUUGUUUGUUUUUGUAAAUCUCCAGAAUUAAAAAAUUGAGAAAAAAAUCAAGCGAUUAAAAUAUCGGUGGGCGCGAUUAAAAUUUUGAAUUCACUAAAAUGCUUGUUAUUAAUUAAUCGCAAUGAACGCGCCACUUGACACCUCUAGUUUUUCAAUCCCAACUUUUUCAUUAAUUCGUUGGUUUGUCGUCCCCACUUCAGUUACUCAGUGAUUUAUUUCUUUUUUCUUUCGUCGCCUCUCGCGGCCUUGAAUUAAAGUCAAUCAUGUGACGAAAGCCGCGAUUCCGCCUCGUGAUUGUCGGUGCGCCAUC